CAAGAAUCAUACAUACUAGCGACAUAGUACUAGGAAUAUUAUGAUAUAGUAAACUAAUCACAUUCAAAUUAAUUUUCAUUAAUUAAAAAGGAAAAAGAAAACAGAAGUAAAUAAAUGAAAAUUGGCUUUAUAAUUAAAGAGAGGAGCACGCAGCAAUGUCAUGUCGGUAAAAGCCUCCCACUCACUUCACUUCCCUUUCCCACUCCUUCCUUCUUCAAUGGCUUCCCCCUCCAUCGUCGCCGCUAUUCUUCUCUUCUUCUUCUUCCUCUCUUCUCCUCCGUUCAUCUCCUUCGCUGCUUCUCAGUCCGCCGCUAAGACUUUCAUCUUCCGCAUCGAUGGUGGAUCUAUGCCCUCUAUUUUCCCGACGCACUACCACUGGUACAGCACCGAGUUCGCCGAAGAAUCUCGAAUCCUCCAUGUCUACCACUCCGUCUUCCAUGGUUUCUCCGCCGUGGUUACUCCUGACGAAGCCGAUAACCUCCGUAACCACCCGGCGGUUCUCGCUGUUUUCGAAGAUAAGCGUCGUGAGCUUCACACUACGCGCUCUCCUCAGUUUCUAGGUCUACAGAAUCAGAAAGGACUCUGGUCCGAAUCCGAUUACGGAUCAGACGUUAUCAUCGGCGUUUUCGAUACCGGAAUCUGGCCGGAGAGGAGAAGUUUCUCAGAUCUCAACCUCGGUCCGGUUCCCAAACGGUGGAGAGGCGUUUGCGAGUCCGGAGCCAGAUUCGGUCCUCGGAACUGUAACCGUAAAAUCGUCGGAGCAAGAUUCUUCGCCAAGGGACAACAAGCCGCCGUGAUCGGAGGAAUCAACAAAACCGUUGAGUUUUUAUCUCCACGUGACGCCGAUGGGCACGGCACUCACACUUCCUCCACCGCCGCUGGACGUCACGCUUUCAAAGCCAGUAUGUCCGGUUACGCCUCCGGUGUAGCCAAAGGUGUUGCUCCCAAAGCUCGUAUCGCCGCUUACAAAGUCUGUUGGAAAGAUUCCGGUUGUCUCGAUUCCGAUAUCCUCGCCGCUUUCGAUGCCGCUGUAUACGACGGCGUCGACGUCAUUUCGAUCUCCAUCGGCGGUGGAGACGGGAUAACUUCGCCGUAUUACCUCGAUCCAAUAGCUAUUGGCUCUUACGGCGCCGCGUCGAAAGGAAUCUUCGUCUCUUCCUCCGCCGGUAACGAAGGACCUAACGGUAUGUCAGUUACGAACCUCGCGCCGUGGGUGACCACCGUUGGUGCUAGUACGAUCGAUAGGAAUUUCCCGGCGGAUGCUAUUCUCGGUGACGGACAUCGUCUCAGAGGCGUGUCUCUUUACGCCGGUGUGCCGUUAAACGGUCGUAUGUUUCCGGUUAUUUAUCCCGGUAAAUCGGGAAUGUCAUCGGCGUCUCUGUGUAUGGAGAACACGCUUGAUCCCAAGCAUGUGAAGGGUAAAAUAGUGAUAUGCGAUAGAGGAAGCAGUCCACGUGUAGCGAAGGGAUUGGUUGUGAAGAAAGCAGGCGGCGUCGGGAUGAUUCUGGCUAACGGCGCAUCCAACGGUGAAGGGUUAGUCGGAGAUGCUCAUCUUAUCCCAGCAUGCGCCGUUGGAUCAAACGAAGGAGAUAGGAUCAAAGCUUACGCUUCUUCACAUCCGAAUCCUAUUGCUUCAAUCGAUUUCAGAGGAACUAUAGUUGGGAUUAAACCGGCUCCGGUUAUCGCUUCUUUCUCCGGUAGAGGACCAAACGGUUUAAACCCGGAGAUUCUAAAACCGGAUUUGAUUGCUCCCGGAGUUAACAUCCUCGCCGCGUGGACCGACGCUGUUGGACCUACUGGUUUGCCGUCCGAUCCGAGGAAAACGGAGUUUAACAUUCUCUCAGGUACUUCAAUGGCGUGUCCUCACGUUAGUGGUGCGGCGGCGCUACUCAAAUCCGCUCAUCCAGAUUGGAGCCCCGCCGCGAUUAGAUCCGCUAUGAUGACGACGACGAACCUCGUGGAUAACUCCAACCGUUCGUUAAUCGAUGAAUCCACCGGGAAAUCGGCUACGCCUUAUGAUUAUGGAUCGGGUCAUUUAAAUUUGGGUCGGGCUUUGGAUCCGGGUCUUGUCUACGAUAUCACAAACGACGAUUACAUCACGUUUCUAUGCUCGAUCGGGUAUGGACCAAAGACGAUUCAAGUGAUCACAAGAACGCCGGUGAGAUGUCCGACGAGGAGGAAACCAUCACCGGGGAAUUUGAAUUAUCCGUCGAUCACGGCGGUGUUUCCAACUUCGAGAAGAGGAUUGGUGAGCAAAACCGUUAUACGGACGGCGACCAAUGUCGGGCAGGCGGCGGCGAUUUACCGGGCGAGGAUAGAGUCGCCGAGAGGAGUGACGGUGACGGUGAAACCGAUGAGGCUUGUGUUUAAUUCGGCAGUUAAGAGACGGAGUUAUGCGGUUACAGUGACGGUUGAUACAAGGAAUGUAGUGUUGGGAGAAACGGGUGCUGUGUUCGGUUCGAUCACGUGGUUUGAUGGUGGGAAACACGUGGUUAGGAGCCCCGUCGUGGUGACCCAAAUGGACUCUUUGUGAAACCAAUGCGCGCGGUCAUGACUUAUGAUCGCUAAAAACCCUUAUGUUGGUUGAGAUGAGAGGUGUAGCAAUAACUGUAGAAUUUUGAGUUAGCUCUUUCUUUUUUUUCUUUUUUUUUAUCUGAAAUGUUUUAUCUUUUUAUUCCUAAUGAUAUGAUAUUAUAUCC